UCAGUGUGGGGACACUUUACAGUCUGUUUAAAGUUUAAGCACUCCAUUUUGAAAUUAAAAUGAUUUUAUGGACUAUAAUCUAUUUGAUUGUUUUAUACAGUGAAGCGCUGUCGGCUUACAGACUUAAGAAACCCAAAGUGCCAAAAGCGGAUUGUAUAUUCCAUGGACAUAAGCACAAAGAAACCUGGACAGACCCUCUACUACCUUGUAAACAGUUCAAAUGUGUCAAUGGACUCGUGCAAACAAAUUAUAUAGGGUGUAUAUACAAAGAUCCCAAUAAUCCAGAAAUAGAAAAAUGUCACAUGCCAGGGGAAAGAUGGAAAGAAGGAUGUUCUUCCAGAACUUGUACAUACUUUGAAGAUUAUCGUAAUGGGAGGAAAGUACAUUUCUAUGUGGUUGAUGGACAAGCAUGGUGUUUAUCGCAAGAAAAAGAAUGUAAAGCACCAGAAGAAGUUUGGGAGUAUGACUGUGACCAGUAUAAGUGUAUAGAGGAAGAUCAAAUUUAUGUUAAAACAGCAAGGAUAGAGAAAAUAGGAAAAGUACCUAAUUGUGAAUGUUGCAAAUUCAAUGAUAAAUGUUACAAGAAUGGCGCCUCAUGGCCUGGUGGUAAUUGUACAGAACAUUACUGUGAUCUAGUUCCUGGAGAUAAUGGAGAAACACUGACCGCUAUCACCUCUGUACCAGGAUGUACCUUUCAAGGGAAGUGUUAUAAGUUUGAGGAGACAGUCGUUCAUAAUUGUUUUAUUCUUGAAUGUACAACCACAGACAGGUUAAACGUGAAAUGGGAGACUAUUAAACAAGCAUGUCCCGUUGGUAAUAGAUGUAUCAAUAUGUAUGAUACCUGGAGAAAUGAAUCUAACUGUAUGGAAUAUUAUUGUAAUGGCAAUGCUACUACAAUAUCUAAACAAUAUGGUUGCAUAGUUGGUGGCAACAAAUGUGUACCUUAUGGAGGUUACUACUGUGAUGACCAGUGUUACUACAGACAAUGUUACCAAGGGGGUAAUCAAGAAGUAAGAGAAGUUGUACGAGGCGGCUGUAAAGGACUUACUGGGAAAUGUUAUGUCUAUGGAGAGAUAGGUUUUUCAAAAGAAACAAAUGGAGAAAUCUUUGAAAAUUGUACUUGCGUACAGAGAGGAAGAACAGGAUCUGUAGCAGUAUGUUCAGGUUCCGGUUCAUCUGGUAACCAGACGUAUUAUUUAGAAGACUCGGGCACCGGACACACCUAUGUUAGAAAAGAUAUGAACACGGAUAAUUCUAAUUAUGCAAAUUCGGAAGAGACUGACAUGUAUAGUACUACACCGUAUUACGAUAUGACGGGUAGCAAACUUGAUUAUGAAAACGAGAAUGACAGAGCUUUUACAAAUUACCAAGAUACAAAGUCUCCACCGGAACAUGGAGAUCUGCAUGAACCAUACCACAUUCCUGUCUUACAAUUGGAUGAUGGAGCUUCACCAGACAAAGGCUCAGUCCAAACUGGGAACCAGGAAUAUUCUGACAAAAAUGUUCAGAAUGUACAUAUUCUAGGUGUAAAUGACAUACCUCAUUAUGACCAAGAUAACGGACUGUUUACUGGUUUUGACGGAACAGGAGGAUACGACGAAGGUAACGAAUCCUUUAGAACUAAAGAAAUAGAAAAUGGCGGAGCGUAUGGAGAUCCUGGAAUACUUGGAGAAAACACUGGGAAAAGUUCUGGUACAGAGGUUGAUACUUAUGAUGGAUCGAAUAUAUGAGAACAGAAUAUCAAAAAUAAAUUUUA